AUGAAUGGUGGCCAAUUAAAGCGCUUUGCGGUCGAAAACAACAACAGCAACGAAGCAGCUAAGAAACUCUUUGCAGUCACGCUCUCUGCGUGCUUUUUUGCAUUUGCCAUCGCUCAAUCCGUUCCUGCCGAAAGCGCCGAACCAUCUGCAGAGUACUUACCUCCAGUCGCCGAAGCAUCUGCUCCUCUUGCUGAAGACGGCUACCGUUACAAAGCUGUGCGCCGUCUGAAAUACCGUCACCGUCGUGAGGCACCUUCAGAAGAAUAUCUACCUCCAGUAGCCGUUCCCGCCGGUGACUAUAUACCACCGGAAAGUGCAGAAACUCGCGUCGCUGAUGACGGUUAUCGCUACAAAACUGUGCGUCGUUUAAAAUACCGCUACCGUCGUGAGGCUCCUUCCGUUGAAUAUUUGCCUCCAGUUGCUGAGCCCACCGCUGAGUACUUACCACCAGUAGGUGCCGAAACCCGGGUUGCCGAUGAUGGUUACCGCUACAAGACCGUACGCCGUCUUCGAUUCCGUGCUCGUCAUCGUCGUGAUGUGUCUGAGUUGCCAUCCUCCGAAUAUUUGCCACCAGUUGAGGUCGAGUUGGCUCCAGAUUUGAAAACAGUAUUGGAUAAUGAUGGUUACCGUUAUAAGACUGUGCGCCGCCUGAAGUUCCGUCGUCAUCGUCGUGAAGCCGAAGCGGAGGAAGCUGCGAGCGUUGAUGUUCCUAACGGAGAAUACUUGCCACCAAGUAACGAUGUUGCUGAAGAACCGCAAGUUAAGAGCGCAGAGUUGGCCCAAGAUGGCUACCGUUAUAAAACCGUACGCCGCUUCAGAUAUCGUCACCGUCAAUAGAUUGAAACCGAAAGCUUAAUGCUAAAAUGAUUAAUGACAUACUGGAAAUGGAAGAAGGCUGAUAUGAACUCAAACAAAAUUUACUCUUUGAUUUUGAUUACGAAACUGAAUGAAAUAUAUGA